GUGACGUGCGCUUGUCCCCGGUGCCUGAGCUUUGUCUAUGUGUCCUGUAGCCGCACCCACACACAGCUCCGGGUUCUGCUCAGUCUCGUCUUCUCCUCCGGCCGUGAGCACGCUGUCCGGGCGCAGGAGGUACAUCAACCAUGCCAGUCCAAAAGAGAACCGUGGUGGUGGGCAACACCCAGACCUUAAGGUCACCUGUUGGGAUUGUGCGCAUUCUUGCAGCCAUCUUUGCCUGUGUUACUUUCAGCUUGGUUGUCCACAAUGGAAUUUGGAGUGGCCGAGUUGGAGAAUUGUGCAUGUUCUCCUGGUGUUUCUGUUUCGUAGUUACAAUAAUAAUAAUCAUUGUGGAAUUUGCCGGAGUUCAGAACCGGAUGCCGGUGUCCUGGAAGAACUUUCCAAUCACUUUUGCGAUGUUUGCUGUCCUGAUGUGCCUGUCUGCCUCCAUCCUUUACCCACUGUACUAUCUGGAAGACAAAAGCCAUGCCGGCAAUCGACGCACCUAUGAAAUCGUGGCCACCGUGUUUUCCUGCCUUGCCACUUUGGCCUAUAUCAUUGAAGUGUCCUUGACCAGAGCUCAGCCAGGAGAAGUUUCUGGGUACAUGGCGACUGUUCCUGGACUUCUGAAAGUCAUAGAAAGCUACAUUGCUUGUGUCAUUUUUGUCUUUAUUUCAGAUCCAUCUAUGUAUAAUUCACAUGAGGCACUGAAAUGGUGUUUGGCCGUUUACUGUAUCUGUUUUAUCAUUUCUGUUCUGGUCAUUAUUAUGUGUGUCGGAGAGUGCACAAGCUGGUUGCCCAUUGCUUUUGAGAAGUUCCUCAGUGCCUACGCUCUCCUUGCAGUUCUCCUUUAUAUUACUGCCUUGAUCAUCUGGCCCAUCUACAAGUUUGAUGCCAAGCACGGUGGUGACCGGGGAAGGCCUGGUUACUGCAGUGGUUCUCGUCAAUACGAACUAUGUGCUUAUGAUAAAAGUGUCGCCAUUGCUGUUCUGACAGGUAUCAAUCUUUUAGUUUACAUUAGUGAUCUGGUGCAUUCUGCAAGACUUGUAUUCAUCACAGUUUAUUAAGAGAUCAGGGUUUCAUCCAGCCCUCUUCAUGCUUGCUGUAAUAAUUCCAGAAAAGAACACUUGUCUGAAGGUCAGCUACUUCUUUACGUUAUAUAACAUAUAUCGAAGGUUUUGUUUUAUAAUUAUUAUUUUUUAUUUGAACAAAGGAUCAUGUGACCUUAUUCCAGUCGGGUCAUCCUGAUUUCCUUACUCUCCACACUGCAUCUUCUCACACAAGUUUCAAUGUACUGCACUAGUAUAAGAUGGCCAUUUAGUUGUUUUUCAGUGGGUUACGAGUUUUGCUGCUGCUUGUUGUGUAGAACACAGUAAAUCACAGACCCUUAGGGACUUUUUUUUUCCC